AUGUGUUUCCUUCCAGAUGAUCAUUCCAGGGUGGUUUUGACACAAGUGGAUGGAGUCCCACCUUCAGACUACAUCAAUGCAUCAUACAUAGAUGGUUAUAAGGAAAAGAACAAAUUCAUAGCAGCACAAGGACCAAAGCAGGAGACAGUUGCUGAUUUCUGGAGGAUGAUCUGGGAGCAGAAGUCAGCUGUCAUCGUCAUGCUGACCAACCUGAAGGAGAGGAAGGAGGAGAAGUGUGCCCAGUACUGGCCUGACCAGGGCUGCUGGACCUACGGGAGCAUCCGUGUGUCUGUGGAGGACUCCAUGGUGCUGGUGGACUACACCAUCCGCAAGUUCUGCGUCACCUCG